CGGGUCCGGGUCGGGGUCGUUCCCUUCGCUUUUCCCGCCAGGGCUGCAUGGCAUCUACGGCGAGUGUCGGCGCCUGUACCCCGAGCAGCCCAACCCGCUGCAGGUCACCGCCAUCCUCAAAUACUGAUGUUCAAGCUUGAUGAGUUUCCAGUCACCUUGAUUUGGGAGUCACCACUUCUUUUCUAACAACAACUUAAAACAACACUGACCAGACUGGCGUAAGAUUUGUGUGGGAUGGAGGGAAGUUUAGAUACGGAAUGGAGAAUGACAGAGACCCCUGUUUGAGAAGAAACCUUGCUCCUUCUUUGCUUAAGGAUUUUGUUAGGGCUUCACUGCAAGUAGAGCUCAAGCACUAGAAGAAGUGCUCUUGGCUGUGAUGGCCAGUUGCAAGGAAGAAGUAAUUUGAAGGCCUGUUUAUCAUGGCAUUUUCCACUUCACCGUUCUUCCGACUGUCAGCUCAGCCAGCAGUGAGAGCUGAGAGCUUCUCUCAUAGAAAUUGGAGGUUGGGAGGACCUGACCCUCUGGACUACGUUAGCAUGUACAGAAACCUGGGAAACCCAGCGCUGAACGUUCCUGAGCACUGGCACUAUGUCAGCUUUGGGUUAAGUGACUUGUAUGGAGACAACAGAGUACAUGAAUUUACGGGAACAGAUGGACCAAGUGGUUUCGGAUUUGAGCUGACAUUUCGACUAAAGAGAGAAACGGGAGAGUCGGCACCACCUACCUGGCCAGCAGAGUUAAUGCAGGGCUUGGCCAGAUAUGUCUUCCAGUCAGAAAACACCUUCUGCAGCGGUGACCAUGUAUCAUGGCACAGCCCUUUGGACAACAGUGAAUCAAGGAUCCAGCAUAUGUUACUGACAGAAGACCCUCAGAUGCAGCCAGUGCAGACUCCUUUUGGGGUUGUUACUUUCCUACAGAUUGUUGGGGUUUGCACUGAGGAACUACAUGCGGCUCAGCAAUGGAAUGGGCAAGGGAUCUUGGAACUGCUUCGAACUGUCCCGGUGGCUGGAGGCCCCUGGUUGAUAACAGAUAUGCGAAGAGGAGAAACAAUAUUUGAGAUUGACCCACAUCUGCAACAGGAGAGAGUCGACAAAGGGAUUGAGACAGAUGGCUCAAACCUGAGUGGAGUGAGUGCCAAAUGUGCCUGGGAUGAUCUCAGCCGGCCUCCAGAGGAUGACGAAGACAGCAGGAGCAUUUGCAUUGGGACUCAGCCACGGCGGCUUUCUGGGAAAGAUACGGAGCAAAUCAGGGAGACUUUGCGGAGGGGGCUUGAGAUUAACAGCAAACCUGUUCUACCUCCGAUAAAUACACAAAGACAGAAUGGGUUGAACCACGAUCGAGCACCAAGCCGUAAGGACAGUUUAGAAAGCGAGAGCUCAGCAGCUAUCAUUCCUCAUGAGCUAAUCCGCACGAGACAGCUGGAGAGCGUACACCUGAAAUUUAACCAGGAGUCUGGAGCUCUCAUUCCUCUCUGUCUAAGGGGAAGGCUCUUACAUGGACGGCACUUUACAUAUAAAAGUAUUACAGGGGACACAGCAAUCACAUUUGUGUCAACGGGAGUAGAAGGAGCCUUUGCUACAGAAGAGCAUCCCUAUGCUGCACACGGACCUUGGUUACAAAUCCUAUUGACUGAAGAGUUUGUAGAGAGAAUGCUGGAAGAUUUAGAAGAUCUGAAUUCUUCAGAGGAAUUUAAACUUCCAAAGGAGUACAGCUGGCCUGAAAAGAAACUGAAAGUUUCCAUCUUGCCAGAUGCUGUGUUCGACAACCCGCUGCAUUAGAGCUGAAUUACACCCUUCUAACAACUGGGAGAGCCAAGUUACUGUCCAUUACCCAGUGACUCACAGGAUAAUUAAUGCAGUAAAAACUCUGCCUGCAAAUGAAAGAGUUUGCUGCACAACCACUGCAAACAGAGGAGAAGCUACUCAGCACCAGCCCAGACCGAACUGAGCCCUUUGCUUUAUCCUUCUCAAGGCUGAGCUCUCUGGGAACAGCCUGCGUAUGUGUGAGUGCGAGUGAGAAAUAUUUAACUAUGAAAAUUAGUAGUAAGAAUCCUUUCUCCUAGCUACAGAACUCCCCUCUGCCUUAGCCCAGGGUGUAGACGCUCUGCACGCCUGUAUUUACACAUGCAUUUCUGCCAGGUGUGAGCCUAUAAUCCAUGGAUUAAAUGUUCUUUACGUGACUCUGGAGUCCUUUUGUUAGCCAAACUUUUACUGACUGCAGAACUGUUCUCCCAUGUGCUAUUUUUUUUUCUCUUUUCAGAAACGGAAUGGUAUUUCCCCUGUUUAAAGGAGGCCAAAAGCUCACAUGCUUGAAGCUGAACAGAUUUAAAGAUGAACUUUCUAGUUCAGUCAAGAAAAACAAACCCAGAUCCUCCCUGCCCUCAAAUUAGGCAUGUUUUAAGUGUUGGUCUUGGUGCUAUUAGCUAUGGUAUCGCUGCAAACAGAGGCAACUUUAUUCUCGCGCAUCCUGUCCUUGUGCCUGAACCCCAGGGAAGGUUGCAACCUCUGGUUUUGCACAAGGAGGAGGAAGAAGGCUACCGGGGCGGGGGAGAUCUCCUGUUUACAGUGUGUUUAUCUUUAAAGAGAUACUGUCAAGUAUUUUUUCCUUGCUAUUGUACAGAAUUUGAGAAGCUAGAAAGGACCAUUUGUUCACAGGGACAACUUCAGCAGCUCUGCAGGAUCCAGAGGGCUGCUUGAAAGCAUAUGAAAUGGAGAUCUCCACUGCCCUGGUGUAGCAGAGAGGAGACAGCCUCAAUAAAGCCAACUGUUCUCACUAUUCCAGCAGGGUUGUGCCGUAGUGCAGCUCCAUUUUCCCCUCUAGCCUCAUGGUGGUGGCUCCUGUAGCUGAUGUCCCUCCUUUCAGAUAGACUUGAACUGUAAAGCAUCAGAAUCAGUUUGAAAAGACCCUCUCUCUAGAUCACUGUGGCUUCUUCCUUGGAGCAAAAUGUGGUGUGCAGAGGAGAUGGUCUCUGCAGGAUCAGGUUGGGUCCCUGCAUCAAGAUGCUGGCCCCUGUGGGUAUGCUGCAGCAAACGACCUCAGCCUUUACUCUCUGCUGCUGUUGCAGUUUGUCUCUGAUGUGUAUUCCCUGAGCCUUCCUCUGCCCAUUGUCUUUUGGUGACAACUCUUCACAUCCUUGUCAGGGGAGGUGCAGCUUUCCUUCCACCCCAUUCUGCCUACAAGCUAAUUUGGCGAUUUAUGCGCAAUUGCUAUGUGAUCUAUAACACAAGUAUAACAAAAGCUUUUAACACUUAACUCCCCUGAUCAAACAGCAAAGUCCAGGAGGCCUCACAGUACCCCAGGGUUUGUUUUCUGAUUUAAUUUCUUCCUGGCACAGUCAGCUUUGAUGUUUUUUGCAUAUAUUUGAGGCUGGUUAAUGUUGGUCAAGAAGCAGAGGUAGGAGCCACAAAGCUUUCCUUGGACUUGCUACAGAAUUCCGCUGUGGCCUCAGGCAAGUCACUCAAUGUCUCUCUGUGCAGAGAGGGUGAUUAUUGACUAGGAGGCUGUAGGACCUACCGAAGCAUGCCAGGGUUUGCAGGGGAAGGCGUGCUUUGUGUACAAAGUAGUAUUUGUAUUAUUAUAAUUGUUGUUAUAUUAUAAUUUAAGGCAGGCCAAAUGCAGGGUCCAACACUGCUCGGCAGAACCUUCCUUUCUGCAAAGCUACGAAAGCAAUUUACAUGUAAAUGAGUUUGUCAUUUUGUCUGAACUCAGAGGAUCAUCUUAAAAUCCUGCUGCAAAAGAACAAACUUUGAGAUAUCUGCAUGUGCCAGCCAGAGUGAUUUCUGUGGCAGACUGCGUUCAUCCGUGGGAUCUCUUGGCCAGUUUUCAUUGUCCUGGUUAGCACUAACCAUCCCUCCUGCGCUGUCGAUGUAUAAGUAGGGGACAGCAUGGGCAAGAAAGUGGCAUGAAAAUGUACCAGUCCAGCUUCAAAAAUGACGUUCCGAAGUGUCCCACCACAAGAUAGUGAACAAACAGACAAUUGUGGAAUUGUGGCAGUUGGGAAAAAGGGAAGGGCAGCGACUACAACUUCGUCCCAAAGCCAUCCACCAACAGUAGCCCAUGGACUGCUCGUGUAUGAGCUUGCUGGGGGUGCCUGCAGCAGAGCUGGCCUGUUGCCAUGAUGCUGGCUGCUAUUCCUUGUUUCCAGAUGCUAGCUCUCAUUAAAAGGAGCUUAAAAUCCUCAUCUUGGUGGAGAAGGGACAUUUGGAAGGUCAAUUGUUGCUGUUCCUGCAGAGAUCAGCACGGGGCAGGGUGAAGUCCAUCAGAACCUCUCCGGGCUCUGACACACAUCUGGAAAGCUUAGGGCCUCCUGCCCUAUGAACUCUUUGAGCCUUCGCAGAGGGGAUACAGUGCUGUACGCAGGGAAAGCGCCUCCUCCAAGCUGACUUGUGCUCCAGUUCUGCCUUUCUUAUGUGUAUGUUUUCCUCACCGUAUUUACUCUCAUCAGAUCCUCUGGCUUGGGUUUUCAUUGACUUCAGAGGGAGCAGGCUGAAUGCUUUUGAAAAUCCACCCAGUAUCUUCGUGCGCGUGUAUUUUUGUUCCAUGUCAUGUAUUUAUAUAUAGUUCUGUGUAUUUGAGUUAUGAACAGGUGGCAUGCCAGAAAUCUCUAUUUCUGAGACACUUUCUCACAGAUCUUUGUUGGUAGCCAGAUAACAAUUGAGGGGAAGGUUUGAAGGGAAGGAAAUGAAAUCUUCCUAUUUAGUUAAGGGGGAAAAUAACUGCUAAAGUAGAAAUCUGUCUUGCUGUUGGACCAGCUGUAGGAGGUAAACUAGUGAAAGUCCUGUCACCUCCAGGAUCGUGUUGCUGCCUCUCAACAGUUAUCUAAGAAUAAGACGCAAGUCAGUAUCAUGAAGAGCUGUGCACCCACAGGACCUCCCCUCCCCUGAUUCACAUCAAGUUUGCAGCCGUGCCAAAGUCUUACUCAUUGGCAAGUAACUGAGAUCUCGAGUUUGGAUAUUUUCAUCUUGGGGAAAGAGGACAUGCCUGUGUGUGAAGGAAAUGGAAAAGAAACCGUUGUAUUUUAGUGAGUGAGUAGUCUGAAAAAGGGAAAUGCAUCACUGUUAGUGAACGCCACAGUAUUUUUCUAGCCCAAGCCUGCUGAGAUCGUUGAUCUGCUGGUGCAUUUUUUUCCUAGAUUGUGCAGAAGGUCUGAGGCAGGACUAUAUGAAACCAAAACCUGUGAGGCUUGUGGGGCUGAAGGCAGUGAUCUGAAUGGAAAUGAAUGCAGUUUAGAAGCGGCAAGUACAGAUUUUCUCCCUCACGGAGAAAUCUUGCAAUGCAGGUCGAUAGGGAUGUUUCCAAAGAUGAAGAGCCUUAUGGCAGACCCGCAAUGCCUUGAAAAUCCAACAUGUGACAGCAAUUCUGAAACAAGAGAAGUCCUGAAAGCCAGGACUACUCUCCCUCUCAACUUGUGAUUAAAAACAGGAGGAGGAAUGUAUCAUUUCAGUACUAAAGUAUGUGGAAUACGCUCUGAGCGGAGCAGUCAGCCUUGUAGCUGGUGUGACCUACAGUGAUAUUUUCUGUGGCUUAGAUAGGUGGUGCCUGCUGUUUAUAAUGGCUUUGAGGGUGGUGAUGUAUUGGUUUUACUGUACAUAGAUCUGCCAACAGUGAUUUGUAAUUAUAUUCUGAAGCUCUUCACUUCAGAUAUUCAGUUGCUCUUGGAUGGCUUUUGAAAUGACACCAUCAGGUCAUCAAAUGGUCUUUGAAGAAGCGAGGGGGUUGUUGUUUCUCACAUGCAACCAGCAGAAAUAUUUAGGGUGUGUAGCUUUUAAAAAAAGUAGUUGAGAGCAAUGCUUGGCUUGGAUGGGGCAGAUUGCGGGGGAGAGGUUGUGUGUGGUGGGAGCAGGUUAGCAGCCUCCCUCCGGCACCCACAGCUCAGGCUUGUCGAAGGCAGCACAGUCCUUAUGCAUCUCAGGCACUGCAAGGGGAGCUAGCCUGGGGUCAAGGAAGCUAAAAACCAAAUGAGAAUCAUGAGGGCUUUGGCACAGCUUGGGGCCCUGCAGACAAGUCCUCAUUUCCACACCAGGACCCACUGAGGUCCAGCAUGGAUGCAAGCAGCUGGCCACACACAUCCCGCUGUGUGUUCACACUCUGGCCUGUACCCACUGCUGCUGCGUUAGCUGCCUCUGUGGUUGAGUCGAAGAUGGGGAGUGGCAAUGUGGCUGCUUCAGUCUCAGUUCUUAUUCUAAUUAGUGUGAGGUGAAGAGCAGAGCUGGUGCUCGCUGCCCCUUGUGAGAACCUUCAGGCUGGUCACUGAGUGAGCUCUCUUGCUCACCCACUGUCCCUUCAUUUCAUCUAAUGUCCCCCCAGCUCCUCACAGAAACCUUCCUCAGAUGCUUCACUGAUUUGGCUGAUUGCAUGCUUCUCAGGAGGCUUUCCUAGAUGACAGUUCGGCAUGGGAUUGUGUUUUGUCUGUCCUGAUGCCUUCUCCCCGCUCGUAGGUAGGCAUCUGGGGUCUGUGACCUACUUUACCAGCUUGUGUCUGUCCAGGGCAAGGGAGCGUCAUGUAGAGUGGGGAGAAGAGAUCCAUAGACCUUCAGACCAGAAGAAACCUUUAGACCCAUGUCCACUUUUCUUUAGCCAAGGGCACAGCCUGGCGCCCAAAGGCUCCACUGUAUGAAGCCUCAGCCUUCAGCCCCUGCUGCAUCGCGGCCAGGGGAGGGGGUCCAGCACCACGAGAGCCCUUCCACCUCCUGCAGGCUUGGUCCCCUGUGUGACUGCCCUCCAUUUAGAGUAUAUAUUGUGCCUUAAUUCUCUCCAUGAGUGAAGCUGUGAGGGCAGAUGAACUGUAGAGCAACAAGGAGUCCCCUUCUGUGCAUCUGUCCCUAGAUAAACGCCAGCCUGCACCGCAGCCACACUGUAUCCAAAAUAAUCUCAAAAUGUACAUUUGCCAGUGGGGUUCACAUCCCAAGAUUUUACAGCUGGAUUUAGGUCUCUGGGACCGUGGCAGCUUUUAACGGGCUCUGUAGCAACCUUCUAUUUUUAAAACGUUUAUUUUCUGUUGCGCAGAGCCUAGUUGUUCUCUUUUCUUUAAAAAAAAAACAACCCUUGUGUUCGACAUGAGUCCAAAAUUUCAAAUGGAGAAUAAGCCUGAGGUUGCACAUGUGUUUUAAACCUGGCCCCGCGUCGACCUGUCUGUGUCAGGCAGUGAACGUGUCGUGCGUCGUGCUUCACCGCCUCUUCAUUUCUACCAUGAUUCUGUUUCCCCUAAAAUCACUGACAGACCAUAAAGUCACUGUAAGAGGCACAUCAGUUCAGAAACAUCCCUUCUAGUCCUUCCUUGUCCCUCACCAGAAGACCACGGCAUCGUUCUCCGUUUGGUUCGCAGGGCCCUGAUAGCAGGAGAGGAACCUCAGCCCAGAAAGGGCUGCACGUGGCAGAUGUGGCAGGCAGUGCCUGGUUGGUUUAAACUGAUGUCCUGAUGCUGUGUCUCCCCUCUUUAAAUAGAAAAAAAGAGAGACAAUGAAAACACAGCCUCGAAAUGCUGGAGGAAUAUUUCCUGUCGAUUGUUGUGUUUUGCAAACACUGGUCUUUUCUCUCCCUCUGCUCCCGGCAAGGCUGGAGAUGAAAAUGGCUCCUUUGUUCCUUUCCCUGGGGCCCAACUGCAGCAAAAGUGCGGCUCCGGAAACCCUCUGCUGCACGAGCAGCGAGGGUGGGAGGGACCGAGCUGUCGCCGUGUGUGGUAGGUCCUACAUAAACACGGCAUGUGUUGACAAUGCCGUGGGCAGGAUGGGCACAGAAGGACUUCGCGGUGCUGGCGACGAAGCUCCCGCGCCGUUCCUCCUACGGCAGCAAACGGGCUGCAAAACCUGUGAGGGGCAGAGGAAGGGGAGGCGGGUGUGAGUGGUCGUGUUGUCCCAGCAGUGACUGAUCACAAGCUCGGGGGUUCCAGGCCCUUUUGUUCUCAGCCUCUGGCUUUCCCAAAGCAGCAGUUUGUGGCCCUGUGGAAGCAAACAUCCCACUGGCAGCUUGUACUGAUGCCUCGGCCCCUGCACCGGGCUGUUCCUUGCUCCCAUGCAGCUCUGGAGUGCCAGUGCUCUGCGUUUGGCCAUGAUCACACUCCAAAACUAGUUUAGUCAUUUGAAAUCCUUCUCUCAUCCAGACUAAGUUGAACACACUAGCUUUUCCCUUUUUUUCAAGGGAUGGAUGUUUUGCCAUUUGCUGGGGACAGUACGUGUUUUGUACGCUGGAUGGCUUCUGCAAAACCUAGAGUGAAGCCAAGCUACCCAGGGCAGGGAACGCAGGAUGAUGGGGACCACAACGAACCCCAGUCACCGGCACUGCCCUCGCAGCCUGGAAGUGAACCUUUCUGUAGUUCAGCCGUGUGCGUGUGCGAGUGUGUGCGGUCUGCGUGCACGCGGUUGCGUGGAGUGAGGAGCCUGAGGAUGCUGCUGGUGGGGCUGGAAGGAGCUCACAUUUCUGCAGCCGGCGUAUCUAUACCUUGUAGAUGGCCUUUCUUCCCCCUCCCCUCCUCUUUUUUUUUAUAAAAGACAAAAAACAAAUGGAAAGCUAAACUAGCAGAGGUUUUUAAAUAUUUUAUAUUAGUUUCUAAUGUAAAUUCCUACAUUGUUACUGCAGUGCUGGGUGUGUUUCGCCUGCACGUGACUUUUUGUAAUAUUUUUGUGAAUCACUAAAUGUUUUUUUCCUCCCGUGUAUUCUAAGUGCAUUAAACGUAUUUGCAGAA